AAUGGCAGCCUUUUAUAGGCGGGGGUAAGUGGUUUGACGUUUGUGUCGAGGUCUAGUGGAAAUUCUGCCUCAAUUUUCACCGUUUUUGUGAUUUUGUGACCAAAUUGUGCUUAUUUGUCAAGCUAAAUACUUUUUCCUUCGAUUGAUUGCAAAAAAUCCAGUGUAGGUGAGUGCAAAAGGUGGAAAAAUAGUGUGAGGAGCGAGCACGCAAGUGUACAGUUUGACAAUGGCCGGCAGAGGUGGCUAUGACAAUCAGAGGGGCUAUGGCGAUCGGUCGAAAAAACCUCUGCCCACGGAGCCACCGUAUCUGGCCUUUGUGGGGAAUCUGCCCCAGGGACUCGUCCAGGGCGACGUCACGAAGAUCUUCCAGAAUUUCGAAGUGAAGAAUGUGCGCCUGGUGAAAGACAAAGAGACCGAUCACUUCAAGGGCUUCUGCUAUGUCGAAUUUGAGACGCUGGACAAUCUCGAACGAGCUCUUGAACUCGAUGGACGCAUUCAGUUGGAGGAUUCCAGUCAACUUCUGCGAAUUGAUGUGGCUGAGCAGAAGAAAUUUGACCGUGGUGGCUUCAACAAGCGCGGUCCGCCACGGCAGGGCGGUGGCGGAGGCGGAAGUGGUGGCUUCAAGGGGCGCUCCGAUGGCCGUGGGGGCUACAAUGAUGGCGGAUAUGGUCAGGGGCGCAGUGACUAUGACAGAAGAGGCGGAGGAGGACAAGGUGGCCGAAGCAACUUCAACGCAGAUCGCGGGCCGAAUCGUGGGCGCUACGGUAACUUCUCAGAGGACGGCGGCGGCGGUCGCGACGACUGGAAUCGCAGCGAGGGCGGCGGCCGCAACUAUGGCGAUCGUGGUGGCCGCGAUGGAGGAGGAAAUUAUGGAGGCGGCGGCCGCGACGACCGCUAUGGCAACUACAGACGCGGCCACGGCGGCGGCGGUUCCAGUGGCCAUGACCGCGAUUUCGACAAACGCUCGCACGAAGACUUGAAGCCAAUGGCAAUGGCAAUCAAUGACGAUGGGAGGCCAAGGCUCAAACUGAAUCCGCGCACGGUGAAGGAGCCGAUAAAUUCACUGGCUCAGACAACACAGGCGGCAUCAAUUUUUGGGAAUGCUCGUCCACGUGAGGAGAAAUUGAAGGACUUGGAGGAGAAUUAGGCGAAGAGAGAGAGUGAGUGAGUAGAUUUUUUGACAGAGACAAGAGAGAAAGUGUCUCUCCUUUUCGGAGAUGACCACAAUUUACUAAGCGAUAGCAAGAGAUUUAACCCCAGAUGUUUACACGAGAGAAUUUUUUUGCGAUGAUGCAGUCACGAUAAAUUUCACACAGUUAUUAAAGAAAAAAAUAAAACGAACAAGAGGAAAAAAUUGCAAAUGAAUGAUUAAACGCGGAGAAUGUUUGAAAAAAAAAGACAGUCAGCAUAAAUAUUAAAAAAAAAACUUGUACCAAGAAAAACUGCUAAAUGAUAAAUGAGUUGUUAAAUGCGAAAGGAUACGAUUUUGCGGAUAUCCAUCAGAUCCAAUUUUUCUGCCAAGUGGUUUAUAAACUGAGGAAAGAUUUAUUCAAAUGCGCGAUUUUCUAUUUCAAUGCGAGAUAUAUAGAGGCAAAAACAAAUACAAAGAAUUAAAUAAAAAGAAAGUGAAGAUAGGGUGAAAAAAAAAUACUGAAUGCACGUAGAAAAAAUCACGAGUGAGAAUUAAAGGAAAAAACAAA